GAUCAUGAUCCAUAUUUUGUGUUUCUGAUUCAUUUAAUCUGGUGUUACAUAUAAAAUUAACUCUCAAAAGUAACGAAAUAUACAUUUAUUAUGACUAGCAAUGAAGUGAAUCAAGUUAUGAAAAAUGAAAAAAAUAUACGAUGUCAAAAGUAAUAUUCACAUGCUUUCUUGUCAACUUGUUGAUUAUCUCGUGUUUAGCAGCUUCAACAAAAGAUAUUAAAAAAAUCAAUGGUUUAACCAGUCAUCAAGUAACUCAUUAUGAGUUUAAAUUAGAUGUAGAAAACCUAGUACAAAAAAUACAAGAUUACAUAAUAUUUAUCAAAAAUAUCAUAAGUGAACCAAAGAAAAUGGCCUCGUCCAUUACUAAGAAAAUUUGUACUUCCGAAGAUAAUGUCUACUCAAAAAUAUUAAACGGUUCUUUGAAGAUUUUAUUUGAAAAAUUGAUUGCUGAGAAAAAGGAACCAUUAUCAGAUAUAAACAUCCCUCAGUUGCCAAACUUAAGAAAUGUGUACAAUGAUAAAAUAAACAUUUCAGAUUUAAUGUUCAAAAAAUCUUCACUCAAAGGUUUAGAAAACCUAGUUAUAUCAAAAUUUGACUAUAAUGUAUGUUCAUUAUCUUUUGAUAUUGAAAUGUAUAUACCAAAAUUAGAAAUUACCAGUACAUAUACUUUGAACGGAAUCAUCAAUGGAUCUUCUAUUUUCGGUGAUGGUGAUAUAAUUGUGACUAUUGAUAUGUUGAAAUUAAAUGAUCAAUCAGCAAUGGGUUGUACUUUAAUCGCAUUUAUGGAUGAUAAAUGUAAAUUGAACAUGAAUAAGCCGGUGAACUUGACGAAUGAAAAAGUGACGGUACGCAUGUCCAAUUUAAAAUAUCAAAAUUUAAGUGAAUUACAAAUCAACAAUCAGAUCAAUGAGUUCAUAGCCAACUAUAAUAAAUCCAAUAUAAUGAAUAAAAUGGAGAAAAUAAUAAAAUUUGUGAAGGAUUAUAGGAAAAAAAUUAUGAACCGUUUUAAUUCCACGCCGUUACUUGGACAUCUAUAUAACGAAAUUCUUCUUGUUUGAAUAGAAACAUAUUGUUUUUACUUCAUUCGAAAUACUACUAUAAUCAUUAUGUUUAUAUCAUCAAUAAUAUAUUAUUCUGUUUUUUUUUUAAACUAU